AUGUAAUAAUUACAUGUAUUAUUCCCCUUUAUUCACAAUCGUGAAUAAUUAAUACGUUAAAAAUAUUUUAGUCUCAUUUGCAUAUAUUUUACUUCCAUUCAACUUUUCAGUUGAAUAUUAUUAAGUAAUUUUAUGCAUUUUUGCAAAAUCACGUAUAUGGCAAACAAUAAUUAUAGACAUACACGAAACUAUAGUGAAUUAAAAAAAAAAGAGAGAGGGGAAAGGAAAAUGUUGUGCAAUGAUUAACGCAAGCUAUAUAUCGUCUUUGUUAUUUCAAUCUUCCGUCAGUUGCGCACGAGCCGUGUCGUGCUUGUGUUUAUUAUAUAUAUACAUAUUGAUAUAGUGAAUUUUUACUGAUAUAGUAUCAAAGCAAUUAAUCUUAAUUGGAAAUAUACAGUGGCAACAGUAUUCAUAUAAGUAAUUAAAAAAUAUUUCUGUUCAUAUAAGUUACUUUUAUGAUCUGACUACAAAUAAAUGUAUCGUAAAUCGAACUCUAAAAUUAUAAUGAUAUCAAAGUUAUUUACUUAUUUAAAAUAUUACAAAAAUAAAAUUUCUAUAAGAAAAUUAACGAUGGAAACUGAACAAGAUCCAUAUUUGAGACAUCUUUUUGAUGGUGAUCCGAUAUUCAACGUUUACAAUAAAGAAGCGAUUAAUAUGUCAGUCGGCGCCCCUGGUCCUGACCUGCUUAAGAAAUGCACAAACAUGCUAUCGAAUGCAACUGUUCAUAGAAUGGAGGAAGAAGAAAAGGAAGGUAAUUUCUAUCUUUUUCAAUAUGGAAUAACAUCAGGAUUAUGGGAAUGUCGUGAAGAGUUGGCCAAAUUUCUAAGCAGGCAAUAUGGUGAUCCAGUUCAAAGAGAAAAUUUAAUUUUGACUUGUGGAGCAACGCACGGUCUUCAACUUUUACUAACAAGUAUUGUGUCACCAAAUGGUAUUAUAUUUGUCGAAGAAGUCACAUAUAUGAUAGCAUUAGAUUCAUUCAAACAAUUUCCAUUGAUGAAAAUUAUCACUGUGCCGAUGAAAAAUGAUGUAGUAGAUCUGGAUGCAUUCGAAAAAAUUAUUUCUGAAGUAAAGAAAAAUGAAUAUUAUCUAGAUAAUGCAAAAAUAUUCUGGGCAAUGUUUUAUACCAUACCGACUUAUCAUAAUCCCACAGGAAUGGUUCUACCUCCUGACAGUUGCAAACGUUUAGUUGAAAUAGCUCGAAAUAAUUCUAUGCUGAUUGUUGCUGAGGAUGUUUAUAAUUUAUUACAUUAUGAAAACGGAUUCCCACCUCAUCGAUUAUUUUUCUACGAUAAUCCAGAAGAUCCUAACUAUAAAGGUGGUAACAUUUUAUCAAAUGGAUCCUUUUCUAAAAUACUAUCGCCUGCAAUCCGAUUUGGAUGGAUAGAAGGCAGUCCACGAAUGGUUCAUAUCUUUAAAACUUCAGGUAUAUUGUGUAGUGGUGGAGCUACCAAUCACUAUAUCUCCGGCUUAAUAACCAGUUUAUUACAGGGAAAGAUUGAAGAUGAAUACCUGAACUUUCUUGUUAAGACAUACAAGGAAAGAUUAAAUACACUUUGUGAAACUUUGGAUCGUUAUCUCCCAAGUUGUUGUUCCUAUCGUCGACCAAAAGGAGGUUACUUCGUUUGGAUUCAUCUUCCGCAAAAUGUCGAUGGUACGGAUUUCAUUAACUGGUGUCAAAAAGAAUAUAAAGUCUCAGCAAUACCAGGUGUAAGGUUCUCAUAUAAUGGUACAGUUAAAAACUUUUUAAGACUUAGCAUUGCUUUUCAUCCGAAAGAAACAUUAAUAAAAGGUUCAACGAUUUUGUGCAAAGCACUCUUGCAUUACGUAAGAAAUCACGUCAAUAAUGAUAGCACUAAGAAUAAAACAAUUAAUUUGUAAAAGAAAUGUUAAACUUAUUUACUAAAUAAUAAUUUAUAAUAUAAAUAAAAUUAUUGU